AUGUCUUAUGUUGAACAUGUCUACGCCAUAGAGGCGGCAGGAACGGCCCAACUGACCUGGGUCAAUGUGGGCAUUGGUCUUGCCUUCAUCCUCUUCGAUGUCGGCGUAUCUACUGUCUUUCGUCUGGGAAUCGGAUUGUCGCUCCUAAUCGCGGCCUUCCGGUGUAUUGGCCAGCUCGCCGUGGUGGCGACCCUGCUUCAGCGGGUAUUUGAAAACAAAAACCCGUGGUUGGUUAUCCUCAUUUCCUUCAUCUUAAACCUCCUGGGUACGAUUGAAACUGUCAUCAACAAGUCGCCGCGGCGAUUCCGGUACAUGUUUCCCACCGUGCUCGUAGCCAUGCUCGGCUCAACGAUCCCGAUCUCCGUCCUCGGUGCCAAACACGCCAUGUCUAUCGAACCCUUCUGGACACCGAUCCAAUACAUUCCUAUCGUUGGCAUGCUCUGUGGGGCAACUAUAUCCGGCAUCGUCGUUGCCGUGAGUUACAUCCUCAAGGAACUUCAAGAGAACCGUGACAAGGUCGAGAUCUACCUCGCCUUUGGCGCGUCGAGAAUAGAAGCCUGUCGGCCGCUCGCCAUACAAGCACUCCGACUCGCGCUGACGCCGCCCAUCAACAACAUGAGCGUACUCGGUAUCAUAGCGAUUCCGGGCAUGAUGACGGGAGCGAUCCUCGGAGGGUCUUCUGUAGAGCAAGCCGCACGCCUGCAAAUGAUCAUCAUGUUCAUGAUCACAGCGAGUACGACGCUCGCGUCCGUCUUCACCACUUUCGCGGCGAUCUCUGUCACUAUCGACGAUGAGCAUCGGAUAAGAGGGGAUAGGAUCGAGAAGAACGGGAAGAGCUGGUUUAAUGUCAGCGAAUGGAGCUGGAAGAAGACGGUGAAGGCGUUGAAGGUGACACUACCUUGGAGACGGAGGGAGGAUGCUGAAAAGGAUGGACGAAGCCGCGAGGGAUCUGUUAACGAAAGAUCACCACUUUUGGUGUAA